AUGCCUCCGAAAGCUGAAGCCGCGCCGGAGGUGAAAGUGAGCCUUGCAACGCCGGACGACAUCUCGCAGCUCAUCGAGCUCUUCUGGGCUACCUACAAGGGUCCGGGCGAGAGCAUAUUCCCGCACACGGACAACGGGCGCAAGUGGCUGGAGCGGAGCUUCCAGAACUUCAUGAGCAAUUCCUUCUACCGGCCGCAAACCAAGAUUCCCGUCGUCAGGAAUCCCAAUGGGAGACCCGUGUCCAUGGCUAUCGUCCACACCGUCAAGCCCGGCCAGAGCGUCGUCGGCAAGUCGUGGAAGACGCGCUGGUCGCGCUGCGACGACCUGCCGGACAUGAGCGAGGAGAAGCUGGCGGGUUUCUUCGAGCCGUCGGCCAAGGCUCACCAUCUCGUCGUCGGCGGCAAGGAGGGCCACGUCUUCAUCGAGCUUCUCACAACCAAGUACGCGUAUCGCCGCAAGGGCUACGCCACGGCGCUACUGCAGUGGGCGACGGAGCACGCCGACGAAUUGGGCUACCCGUGUUAUCUGGAUGGCGGCGGACGCGGCAUGCAUAUCUGCGAGAUGUGCGGGUUCAAGGCGCAGGAUGUUGAGCGCCGGUAUGGGGGCACGCCGCCUUGCGUGCCGAUGCUGCGUCCGAAGAAGGAUUCCUGA